AUGGAUGAACUGUUACAUCAUUUGAAGAAUUGCCAAACUCAAGAAGCAACAGAGUACUUUCUGGCCAUAACAAACGAUGUUGAAAGAUGUGAAAUGUUUUUUUCUAUAUUAACUCAAGAUAAUGAAAUCAUCCAAAAUCCAAAAUUACAAUUAUCAUUCAUUGGUUUAUUUAAGAACUGGAUUUCUACAAAUUGGUUGAAUUUAAACGAAGAAGUUCAUGGAAUGUUCUAUUCUUUAAUAGAACAAAUGCCAAUUAUUGCAAAUCUCGGUGAUUUUAUUUCACAAUACAUUUCAAAGUAUACUAUAUGUCCUAGAAUUUAUGAUCAAUACAUAUUUUCGAUAUUUACAGCUCUUUCUGAUCCAUCCUCUUUAUCAUUAAAACAAAUUUCAUCUCUUACAACAAUAUCUCAUUCAAUAAUACGAAACUACCAUAAUAUUAAUGAAAAUGAAGUACUAGAUGUCAAUGAAUUAUAUCAAAAAUUUUUAGAAAUCAUGAUUCCUUUGAUAGACAAUGCAGAACUACAAAAAAGUGAAGAUGGAGCAAUUAUCCUAGACAAUACAUUAUAUUCUUUCUUCAUUUUAUUCAACAGAGUACAGCCAGAUCCUUCACAACUCGAACCUUUCAUUAAUUUAUCAAGAAGUGUCAUAGAAUUGUUCGCAACAGAUGAUUCACCACAUCCUUUGUUUGUUCCUGCUUGUAUCCGCUUUGUAAAUCGUGUUUUCAAAAUUGAAUUAUUAAAAGAACAGCUUUCACCAUUAAAAGAAGAAUUUAUAGGUAUAUUCAUUAAUGCUCUAUCAAUAUAUGUUAAAAAACAAUGUGAUUCCAGUUUUUUAUUAGAAUCAAUUUUAAUUUCAAUAGAAAAUUUGAAAAAAUUAAUACCAGAAGACACAAAUAUAUUAGAUUUAUUCCUAGAAGCAUCAAUACCGUCAGUACAAGACUUAAAUGACCUUUUCCAAAACCCAUCUGUUUUUUAUUCACUUGCUUAUUCAACAGAAACAAGUGAAAAGCCUCUUAUCAUGCUCAGAUCAUUAAUACAUCACAUGGUAUCAACAUAUGAUUCGUGUCUUGAUUAUUUGAUAAAUUUGCCAAUAUCAGAAGUUUUAUGUCGACAAAUUUCGCAUUGUUAUAAAAUUAUUUCAUCAAAGGAAGGAGGAAAUGACAUUCUUGUUCAAUGGGUUAAUGCGGCAACAGUUCAAAUUGCUGAUGAUAGUUUUGAAAUUGAUUUUACAAAUGAAGAAAUGGUUCUUUGUGUUUCGUCACAAUUAUUUUUAUUAGUUUCUACUGUUAAAUAUUUUCCUCUUGAUGAAUUAGCCGCAAUCAUGGAACAUGUUGUUCCUAAAUUCUUGAAUGAUAAGUAUUCUAUACUUACUAUUGCAUCAGCGAAACUACUUUAUAAAUUGAUCAAACAUGAUAUUUAUCCUGAAAAUGAAUGCAUUGACAAUUUAAUUAAAUCAAUUGGAACUUCUUUAUCAAAUGAACCAAUGAAGACAUUGCAAAAAUUAUGUGAAGUUCUUCCAAACACUAUUGAACGUCGUGCGCAAGAUGUUUUGCUUGCAAUUAAUAAUUAUAUUGAAUUAGAUAAUUCGGAAGAAAAUGUUGAAAUUAUGUCGAAAUGUUUAGAAAUAAUAGAUAAUAUGAUAAAAUAUACUCCUUCUGUUGGUCAUAAUUAUGUUUGUGAUUAUGUUGUUAGAUUUAUUGAUAGAAAUCUGAGUUGUGAUGAAGAUACACUUAUUGAUGCAUCAUGUAAACUCAUACAAACAAUUUUAACAACGAAAUCACAAAGAAUUCCAGAAAUUAUACAAAUUGUUAUGAAAAAUCUUCAAUCAAAUCAAUAUUUAUAUGAUUGUAUUGAUGAAGUUAUUUAUAUAUUCUUGAGAUUGAUUUCUAAAUGCAUAUUAGAGUCAACAAACUUCUCAGAACUUAAUAUAUCAGAAGAAAUUAUUAAUUUGUUCACACAUUACAUGUUUGAAGAAUCAAAUGGAAUUGAAAGUUCUAGAUCGAUCACAACAUUGUUAAUUUGGAUUAUUAUGACAGACAACGAAGUUAAUCUUGAUUAUUUGUUUGGAUAUUGCAACAAUCUUCUUGAAAACUAUGGUAAUCUUAAAGAUACACAAAGAAUGUGCAUCAUGCAACUAUAUGCAACUCUUUAUAUAUCAAGAGGUAUUUUAUUUUCUGAUGAAAUUGUUCAUAAAAUUUGCAAACAAAUUCACGAUGAAUAUUGCAUUGAUUCGCAAGAUUGUAUUGUUUAUGCAUUGUUUAUCAUGAGAUUGAUUGAUUCUGGUUCAUCGGCAGAUACACUUAUGCCAUAUGUUUUUCAAACAGUCAAUCAUCGUAACAAAUGGGAAAAUUUAUCAAAAGAACAACGUGAAGAAUACAUAAACGAUGAAGGAUUUAAAUUCUCAGACAGUUUCGUUCUUUUGCUUGAUACAGAAGACAUUACUGGACCAUUCAAUCAAUACGAUAUUAUGAGUUUAGUUUCAAACAGUAUCAUCAAAUGUUCAGUUAAAGGUUUAUACAAACUUCGUGAACUCUUCCCUGAUAACUUCUCAUAG